CCAUUUUGCGAUAUUUCUCCCCCCAGAGCUCCCCCCCGGGAGCCAAACAGAUCCCGACCGCGGAAGUAAUCAGAGGAACAAGUGGGUGGAGAGGGAGCCAGGAUGAAGAACAGGCAGAAAUCACGAAGCGGCUGCCAGAUCUGCAAGCUCAGGAGGUUGAGAUGCGAUGAGACCAAGCCCGGGUGCCGGAACUGUGCCCAGAAAGGGUUCGAGUGCCCCGGCUACCAACAGCGUCUCCAGUGGUCCACGAAACACGAGAGGCCGACCACAACACAAACACGCGGUCCUCCGAAUUUCUCUCAGCUUGUCACUGCUGCUUCCGAGUCUAUUGUGUCCACGCCGGCGACGACUGCGCAGAGGUCCGGCCAUGGCGGAGCCAGGGCCUCGCCCGUGGUGCCCGUCUUUGACGGGCGCACGCGCCCUACAACCUUCCUCUCCCCAUCGACAUCGGCAUCCCCGUCAGCAUCCGGGUCGUAUUCUUCACCUUCUUCAUCCACAGCAUCCCCGCCGGCCCACCACGAGGACUCAACAGUCAGUGCCGAGGCCCAUGCCCGCCUUGCGCCGGUGUUGAACUCCGUGGCGAGUAAUGAUAACAAUGCCAUGACCCCCACGCCCAAGACGGAACCAGGGACGCCGGACGAGGCCGAGCAGGCAUCCGGGUUGACCAUGUUCCAGCCGGCCGUGGACAUUCCGACUUUUCUGAUCGAGCACUGGUUUAAGUCGGUCUGCCCUUCGUGGUCGGCGCUAGAUUCUCCCGCGAACCCGUAUCGAAGCUUGACAGCAAAGCUCUGGCACAGCUCGACGCCAGUGUUCUACGCCCUCCAAUCCAUCUCCGCAGCUUCGCUCGUCGAGCGGCUACCGCACGUCAUGCGAGAUACCGCCCAAGCCGCACCUCGCAAGGCUGACGAGGCCAUCCAAGAAGAACUCUGCGCCUUCUCUACCGCCACCCGGCCCAAAUUUCCGACCGAGCUUCUCCUCUCGCUCUUCUGUAUGAGCUCGUCCACGUGCUGGCUAGAAGCAAGUCAGCUUGGCCAGCAAUACUUGAGGCAGGCCCGCGCGGUGCUCAAGGUCCUGGAGGGAUGGACAUUAGAUAGCGAGUCCCAGGAGUUGCUCACUUUCUUCAAGGGGUGUCUGAUUUAUGAGGAGAUGCUCCGUAGUGUCGUUAGCGACGGCGAGGACGAGAUCCAGCACAUGCUCGGCUGGCCAGAGCCUGCGAUUCGACUGCCCCUAGUACCGGCGAACCCGCAUCCCUGGACCGGCGUGUCAUCCGAAAUCCUGAGGCCGUUCGGAAAGGCGUUAGCCCUGUGUCGAAGGUCCCGCAAUCGGUGGAGGCUAAGUGGCGCGACAACGUACCGUGUCCUCAAAGGCGCAAUGAAGGACAUCGAGGAAGCCAAAAAAGUGGAGGAUAACUUGUUCUUGGCUGGUGUCCCGCAAAUAAUAGUAUGAGCCGCAUCCAACCCAUCAUUUGCCUCUGCGCGGGCAGCGGACUCCGAUAUGACGCCAAAGUUUCGCUGGGUUCCGGACACCAGA